CCGCGAACGGGAACGAUUCGUACGCUGUGUUACGCUGCGCGUGGGCAUGUUCGUGAGUGUGUGUGUGUGUGUGUGUGUGUGUCCGUGUGUGCGUGUUUUUUGUGCGUACGCACCCGUUGAAGGUUAGCGUCGGAGCGAUGGAGCCGCCUGGUCGUUUGUAACGCGUGCAAGCUGUGUUUUGCGUGUGAAAACAGUGCGACAAGAUUCGAUCACAGUUGUAACGAGCCACUUGCAGCGCUUGUUUUGGAGUUUAAUUGUUUAUCCCACGCAAAGCUGUCGCGUCAGUGAGACAGUGCACACUGACAGCCGAGCCUUUACGGCAGUGUCAACAGUGAGUGUUUUGAGCAAGUCGUACAAGCACUGCUUGGUGUGCUCUCGCCAUGGAAAUGAUAAUCAAAGCAGGCGAAACACAGUGCCAUUUUGCCCCGUAAAACCAUCAAGAUGUGAAGGUGUGCUCUGUGCGUGUGUUUGUGUGUGUUCAAUUGGAUAAAUUCUUGCGAAUUAAUGGUUGGCUUAAUAUUAUUCCAUCAAACAUAGAUAUUACGUUUCAAGUCUGGGUUUCUUCCCCGUUCCGUGAAACGUAAGACGUGUGUGCGUGUGUGCAUUCUACGAAAACCCACAGCCCAUCAAAGGCUGCCGGUGCGGCUUCGGGUGAUUUCCAUCCAGUGAUAAAACGUACACGAAUGCUGUUCACAGCGAAACGCUUCGCCUGGAUGUAAUGCGAUCCGGCUUCCCUUGACAGCCACAGAAUAUGAAGCCAACGGACCGCAACUAGCAGCAACUAUGAGACAGCUAGCGGUAGUGAUGAUAAUUUUAAAUAUAAAUUACGGUCGCCUUCACUGCUCUUACACCAUGGACAUCGACGAGCCGCACACGUACACCCCACCGAAGCACUACUACCAGACGUCCUCCUUCGACGACAACGAAAUCAACGACGACGGUACGGCGAAAAGUCCGCUCGAUCGCGGCCCUUACUUUGACAUUUCGGCCUCCCGGAACGUAACCGCGCUGGUGGGCAACACGGCCUAUCUCAACUGUCGCGUCCGGAAUCUGGGCAAUCGGACGGUUUCGUGGAUCCGGCAUCGGGAUUUGCAUCUGCUGACGGUCGGCAAGGCAACGUACACCUCGGACCAGCGCUACCAGAGCGUGCACAAUCCCCAGCUGGACGACUGGUCGCUGAAGGUGCUCUACCCGCAGCAGCGUGAUUCCGGUGUGUACGAGUGUCAAAUCUCCACGACACCGCCCGUCGGCUACUCGAUGACACUCUCCGUCGUUGAGCCCGUCACAUCGAUAGUUGGAGGACCGGACCUAUACAUCGACACCGGUUCGACCGUUAAUCUGACCUGCAUCGUACAGUAUCUGCCCGAGCCGCCACCGCUGAUCCAGUGGACGCACAACGGCAUGGAAAUUAAUUACGAUUCGCCACGGGGCGGCGUGUCGGUGAUAACGGAGAAGGGCGACAUAACGACCUCCUAUCUGCUGAUCCAGCGGGCGCGCAGCACCGACUCGGGCAAGUACACGUGCCUGCCAUCGAUGGCCAAUCCUACCACCGUGCACGUGCACGUGCUGAAUGGCAACGGUUGCACCUCCUGCAUCACGCUCCACUCGUCGCUGUCGUCCUCGUCGCUCGCCUCGUCCGCAGGCGAACAUCCGGCAGCGAUACAGCACGGGCGGCAGAUCCGCAGCAACUGUCUGCUGCUGACGCUACUCUUCCUGCUGCUGAUGGCGAUAUCACCCGGCCAUCCGGGGUGGUACCGGACCGGCAAUCGAUAAGUGGUGCAGCCUGGGAUGGAAGCAUCGCGUGAGUCGCGAGUCAAUCGCGACAUCGAAAGCGAAAGGAAACAUGUACAUAGCGCAUAGCGGAGGGUUCGAGCAGUGAAGGCAGUUCCGUGGCGCAUUAGUAGCAUUAGUUAAACAAUAUUGGAGCGGAAAAAUGGCCAAAAUAUUAGGGUUAAAAGAGAUAGAAAAUGUGUUUUUCUUUUCUGGUGCUUAGAUUAAACAUAGAAACCCUCUUGUACAAAAUGUAAAACUUGCAUGUUUUGGGUUGGUUUUGACCAGUACCGCAACCAGGCGAGAACCAUACUUCAACCUUUAAGGAAACAUUAAAUCACUAGCGCAUAAGUGUGAGAAACAAAAUGGAGAAAAUGUGUUGUAGAAGCGAGAGAGAGAGAAAAAAGCAACGCAAAACAAGCACCCAGAAGGCAAAACUUUCUUCCCGUUUGCAACAAAGAGCGGAAACAAUCGGCUCAUUUGACAAACUCGCGCCGCUAACACAAAGCCGAAGAAUAAACACGGUUUUGCGAACAAAGGCCGGCGCUGCUGCCGCCCCUGUUCGUUGUGUGAAGAGUAGAAGCAAAUAUAGAUGAAGAGCGAACGUGAAAAGAAACGAUCUAUUAUUGUAAAAAAAAGACAAAAAAAAAACAGCGAAACGAAAGCCGUAGACGAGCAGGUGAAGCGAAGAGUAAAUAAAUCUUGCAAGAGAAAUAACGCCUGUUUGAUUUUGCGAUUGUUUCAGUCUGUUGGUGGAGGAAGCGAUCGAAGAGGCGAGCAAACCAAACCACUUGCAAACGGAAAAUGGUAAAUAGCGUGCGGCAGUGAAACGGAAUUUUCAAUCUCACACACAUUGAGUAUAAUACAAACAAGGAACUAAACGAACGGUAACGGUGGCGGCCCGAAACGGCGUUGCUCACUUAAAGAAAGUUUCCUGGGGUGUUUUUUUUUAAAGACUCUUUCCCCCCAUACUUCACUCUAUCCCGUUUGAGUGGAGUCGUUUGGGCACUUGAGGGUAGGCAAAAUAUAAAAAAAAACAAAACCGCAAAGAAUGGUAAAGCUGAAAGAGUGAACGAACACAAACCAAAAAAAGGGGGGGGGGGAACGAAACUCAUCACCUCCCACUCCAGAAAUCGCCCCGCUCGAUGAUAAAUUAUUCGCGAAUGAGUGUUUAAUUUUUUAACCGGGGGUUUUCAUUUUUCAUAUUUUUGUGCACGCGUCACCGGCGAAUGGGGUAAAGCCCCUCGGGGGCUCGUGAUUGACGUUCGGGGAGAGUGUUGGGUUUGGCAAAGUGCACAAAAAGUUUGGCCGGCCCACAGCGCAAGAUGGAAAGCGAAAGGGGGGGGGGGGAGAAAAGUGAAAGAAAUGAA